UGAGAAAACAGAAGAGAAAAUAAUAUGUUCAGUUAACAGCCUAAGCUUCAAUGUGAGGCCCUCAUUUGCCUGAGAUAAGAUGGCCCAUAAAACGGUGUCCUAAGAGCCCAGGAUAACCAUGAAGAAGAAUAAUAAGCCAAGGCAUGACGAAGAAAAAGAAGAAGAAGGUGGAGAAGCUGACCCGGAAAUCCUCAAGGCCGUGGCUCAGGCCUGGCAUGGCCACUCCGGCGGCAGCACCUCGAAAACCGCCAACGAAUUCGACGCCCGCCGGAUGAACUUCAAGAGCAGGCCAUCCAGAUUCAAGCUCGAGGCAAUGAGCAAGGCGCUGGCCAUGGAAACGGCCAAUUCCCACUGGGAUUUUGGCCAGUCUUUGUGGGAUUCUUAUGAGCUUGUGACUGUGUCAAAGAGGCUGGAGGCUGGCCUGGUUUUGGACCACCAGUUCCCGGCGCCGGAUGGCCGCCAUAAGAGGAAGAAGGAGAGCACGAACAGCCUCAGGAACCUGUUCAACAGGAUGUCUUCCAGAAGGUUCAAUAAAUCAGAUGUCCCUCCGGAUUGAGGCCCCCUUAUUUUGGACUCGUUUAUGAUGUAUGAAUCAGUAUUCAUCUGACGACAGACGACGAAGGAUCGCUAGAAUGCGUUAGGUAUCGUUUCGAUGCCACUUAUUAGGACCGGAUUGCUCACAAUAUACACAGAAAUCAAGGGAAAACAAUCGGGUUACAUCAUCCCUCAGAUUGUUCAUCUAUGGCCAAUCAACAACUAAACUGGGAAAGUUUAUUUAUAGGCAACAACUUUAACUGGAUUAAGUCUGUUAUACUUUAUCCCUAUCUCCUAUUUACAAUCACGUUUGAAUUUGAGAAGUCAUCUAACAAAAUGGUUAGAUACAAAGAUCACAAAUUCAGCAGGUUUUCAGUGGAUAAGAACUCAUUUCCCAGCUUACAAAUUCCAGCAAGCAGCCACAAUUCCAAGGGUCCAGAAAACAGUUAGUUUUUAUUCAUUUAUGUGUGUAUUUACAAGAAACCAACAGAAGUAGGCCAAUCUAAUCCCAUCUGCAAAUAGCUAAUUCUGGUAUUUAGCUAGGAGGCCAGCACUGAAGAUCCCUAAAACUGAGUAAAGGAAGUGAAGCAUCAAAAGAAGAUGAUAGAUUUUGCAUUUUCCAUGUUAACACAAGCAAGCAAAUUUGUACCCCUUUCCAAGGAUGGAGCUGAUCUGAGCUUUUCUUGCUGGAAGGUUAAUAGCAUUGGCUGAAGCAGAAGAAGCAGCCUUUCCGCUUGUUUUCCAUAAUAUCCCCUCUGGGGGUUUCACCCGAGCUGUUGUGUACUGCAAUCAAAGAGCUCGUGCCUGGAGAUUCCGGUGCCAAGACAGUGUUCUUAGAAAUGAAAAUGGGCGGGGGGAUCAUGGGUUCAGGAGGAGAGACUGAAGAAAGGUAAUUUAGGAGCAUCUGUAUUAUUUGACUGAAGUUGGGCCGAGUAUUAGGAUCCUCCUUCCAACAUGAAUCCAAAAUUCUAGCCAAUUCUUCUGGGAGGUUUUCCAAGCUGGGGCGUACGUUCUGAAAGGCAAAGACAUCGAUCAUGUCAAUACCCGGUUGAACUUGUACAGACAGACAGAUCAAUAUGGGAAUACUAGGAUUUCGAUAACGAAGACAAUCAAUCACCUUAAACGCAGCUGCAUAUGCAGCCUGCAGAUUCGACAUGCCUUCGAAUGGCAACUUGUUGUGUAUGAGCUCCCAAAGCACGAUGGCAAAGCUAUACGCAUCUACUUUAUGGUUGUAAUGCUUCUUCUCUCCAUGCCUCAAGGUAACAGUGCUGUACAACUAUCAACAUGAACAAGCCAGUCACUUGCUAAAAUGGCAACACACAAAGAGGACAUUAUUAUGCACCAUCUCAAGGAAGUAGUACCUCUGGAGCCAUCCAACGAUAUGUCCCGGUUUCAGCAGUCAUCAUCUCUGUCAAUGAUUCUUCUCUUGCUAAACCAAAAUCUACGAGUUUGACGGUUUUCUGAUCUGCAGUCAGGAUCAAGUUCUCUGCAAUAGUUUACAAAAAUGAAUGUAUUCGGCAUUUGUGGAGAUUAUAAUAGAAGGGAUAUAUCAAUGUUUCAUAUUCAUACAUUGCUUCUUCCAGGGCAGCCCUUUAUCAGAAAUUCAUUAUUAUUCAAAAGAUUAAGUUUCAAUUUCUUUCACAAAUAAUAAGAACAAGAAUUUUUCUCG